AAAAAGUAGGGUUCAUGACAUUAAUUAACAGUAACUUCGCGGUUUAUACUUUUCAAGCAAAAAAUAGAACUUGUUAUCUAUCUCAACGACGCCAUCGCUAGAUUCGCUACUGUCUCACUCUCUCUCUCUUCUCUCGCCGAGUGCAAGAUGGUAGCUUCAGCUAUCUCCGCGCGUUUAAACUUCUCAAUCGCUUCUUGUAACGGAGACUCGUCCAUCACUUUAUUUUCCCGCAGAAACUCAAGGAGGUCGAUAGUCUGCGCCUUGCCAAGUCCCUACCGAGAUUCUUUAACAUCUGGCUUAUCCAGUAAAACUUGUGGGUUACCUCGUAAGCAUGCAGAGAAGGAUUUUCAUGAUGUUGGUAAAAGUUAUGAUGCAAUAGAAGCCAAAACGGGGAAUCCACCCAUAAUGCCAGCUGUGAUGACCCCAGGAGGGCCUUUAGAUCUCUCGUCUGUGUUAUUCAGGAAUCGCAUAAUCUUCAUUGGGCAGCCAGUCACCUCACAGGUGGCUCAACGAGUCAUAUCGCAGCUUGUAACUCUGGCAACUGUUGAUGAGGAUGCAGAUAUUCUGGUGUAUUUGAACUGCCCUGGUGGAAGUACAUACUCUGUCCUGGCCAUAUAUGAUUGCAUGUCUUGGAUAAAGCCUAAGGUUGGCACAGUAUGUUUUGGAGUAGCAGCAAGCCAGGGAGCACUUCUUCUUGCUGGUGGAGAAAAGGGAAUGCGCUAUGCAAUGCCAAAUGCACGUAUUAUGAUACAUCAACCACAGGGUGGAUGUGGGGGUCAUGUGGAAGAUGUGAGGCGCCAAGUGAAUGAAGCAGUUCAAUCUCGCCAUAAAAUUGACAAAAUGUAUGCUGCUUUUACUGGUCAAUCUCUUGAGAAAGUGCAACAAUACACUGAAAGGGACCGUUUCUUGUCUGUUUCUGAGGCUAUGGAGUUUGGACUCAUCGAUGGCGUGCUAGAAACUGAAUAUUGAAUUCCGAUAUUUUUCCUAACCAUUCAUGUCUUGAGAACAUCAGAGUUCAAUUUGUUAUCAAACAGAUAUCCUCAGGUUGCCUCAAGUUUGCAUAUGAUAUUUCAUCAAAUGAUACAUGUCAAGCGCCGCUUGUAUUUCUUAUCUCAAUUAAAUUAAGCUCUGAUCUUCAAAGGCUGGCUGUUUUGGGUUGUCA